AUGACCAUUGGAAACUGGAGCACAAUGACUGAAUUCACCCUGACUGCCUUACCUGAUCUCCCGGAGAUUCAAGUGUUCCUUUUUGUAAUUCUCUUACUAAUUUACACAUUAACAGCAACAGGAAACAUUAUGACCAUCUCCCUCAUAUGGACUGAGCCUCACCUGCAAACCCCAAUGUACUUUUUUCUCAGUAACUUGUCAUUUCUGGAUAUUUUAUACAGCACUGUUGUUACCCCAAAACUGCUAGCCUGCCUGCUGGCAGAGCAGAAGACCAUAUCCUUUGUUGGCUGCAUCACUCAAACAUACUUCUACUUCUUCUUGGGGACAGUGGAGUUCAUCCUCUUGACUGUCAUGUCCUUUGACCGCUAUGUAGCCAUCUGUAACCCCCUGCGCUACCCUAUCAUCAUGACCAGCAGGGCCUGCCUCAUAUUACUUCUGGGCUGCUGGUUGGGAGCUUUCUUGUCUGUGAUGGUCCCAACCAUUGUAGUAACAAAGCUACCUUACUAUAGGAAAGAGAUCAAUCAUUUUUUCUGUGACAUUGCCCCUCUUCUUCAGGUGGCCUGUAUAGAUACCCAUCUUAUUGAGAAGAUAAAUUUUAUCCUAUCUGCCCUUGUCCUCCUGAGCUCCCUGACAUUCACUGCUGGGUCCUACACCUAUAUCAUUUCUACCAUUCUACGCAUCCCCUCAGUUCAAGGCUGUCAAAAAGCUUUUUCUACCUGUGUUUCUCACAUCACUGUGGUCUCCAUUGUUUAUGGGAGCAACAUCUUUGUGUAUGUGAGACCCAAUCAGAACAACUCACUGGACUUUGACAAGGUAGCUGCUGUCUUCAUCACCAUAGUGACCCCUCUUCUGAACCCUUUUAUUUAUAGCUUGAGGAAUGAAAAGGUAAAGGAAGUGUUGAGAGAGACAGUGAACAGACUCAUAUCCUUGAUACUAAGGAAAAGUUGA